GUCCUUUUUUCAUCUGUUUUUUUUUUUUUGUUUGUUUGUUUUAGAACUUUAUUUAAUCAGCUUUUCAAGAAUUUUCCCAUGAUUCUUUGUUUCCCCCAGCAUGCAUUGUGCUUUCUUCUUGCUGUAUGUUAACAGCAGGCUGUUUGCUUCCUGAUACAUUGCUGUACUUUCGUGCUCAGUACGAUGGAUUUGGGGAGAUGUUAUGAGCAUGUGACAUCAUUUGUCAUGCUCUACUAUCUGAGGAGACAAAAAAGCAGGACCAGGAAGAUGUCCGCGAGGAGACGCGGGUACUGGACACAUCCCAUGCUGCUCAAGAGGCCAACUGAGGGUUUUUUUGCUCUGCACUACGCAGAUUUGCGACGGUACCCUCAAAAUUUUUUUAAUUUCACAAGAAUGACUACUCCAACAUUUGACUAUUUGCUGGAAAAGUUGCAUCCACGUUUAGACAGGAUGAAUACCGACAUGAGACGUUCUGUGCCUCCAGAGGAGCGACUUCUCAUUACCCUCAGGUUUCUUGCAUCUGGAGUAUCUUCUACGUCCCUAAGCCAUUUUUUUUUGUUGGGAACCUCAACAAUAUCUGGAAUAGUUCUUGACACCUGUGAAGCUAUAUGGGAGGAGCUUCGGUCGUCUGCGAUGCCUGUUCCUGACACAUCCAUGUGGCAGGAAAUAGCAAAUGGGUUUUGGAAGAAAACCCAAUUCCCUAAUUGUGUUGGAGCCCUGGAUGGGAAAAGCAUCCGAAUUCAGAUGCCACCUGGAUCCGGCUCUCAAUUUCACAAUUACGAAAAGUACUUCUCCCUUGUGCUAAUGGCAAUCUGCGACAGCAAUUACAGGUUUGUAGCUGUCGAUAUCGGGGCAAAUGGAUCUAAUGCAGACGCAAGAGUCUUUUCAGCAUCACAAAUGGGGAGAAGACUACUUGAGGGACACUUUAAUUUGCCAUCAGACAAGCCACUUCCAGGAACUGAAGGACCAGAUAUGCCGCAUGUUCUUGUAGCUGACGAGGCAUUUGGACUUUCCCAGCAUCUUUUAAGGCCUUAUGGCAGGCACAAUUUAACAACCCCCAAAAAAAAUUUCAAUGAUCGGUUGAGUCGUGCAAGGCGCCUUAUUGAAUGCACCUUUGGCAUUUUGAGCAGCAAGUGGCGCAUAUUUCACACCACAAUACAACUCAGCGUGGAGAAUGCCCAACUAGCAAUCCAAGCAUGCUGUGUCCUCCACAAUGUCAUCCGUGAGAAAGAAGGGGUUUCUGUUGAGGAAGAGGACGAGAUCGACUUACCUUCUGUACGCUUUACCGGACUGCGACCCAACAAUUCAGUUUUUCUCAUGCGUGAUCAUUUUGCUAAUUUUUUCAUGUCCCCUGAAGGAGAGGUUCCGUGGCAGUAUCAGCAUGUGUAAAAACAGUCACGAGGCACUUUAUUAUGUGCACCUUCGUAGUACCAUGUUUGACCCCUUUAUGCUAACCUGCAUGAUCUUUCUUGUCCCACUGAAAAUGUUAAUGAAAUACUUUUUAAAAAAUACUACUUUAUCUUGUUA